AGAAAUCUUUUCUCUCUAUCCACUUGAAGAUUUCUGAUGACGUGGUCCAAUCAAGGAUAUGUAGAGUGCAUCAUCACAUCGUACACAAAUCAGCCUAAGCAUGGGCAGUGCACAUUUUUAAGUGGUAACGCCAAUUACAUCAUUUCCCCCCCACUGCCCACUCUCUUCCUGCUUCUUUGUGCCACCAUUCUUCAUUGCCUACCGCACAAAUCAUCCUUUUUCUUCUAUUAUUUUCAUUUCCUUUUUUGCAAAUCAUUUUUAUUUGAGUUGGGAAAUCCCAUUUUCUGGGUUGUUUUGAUUGAUUAAUUUUGUUAUGUGAUCUUGAUUAACAAUUUAAUUUUCUUUCUGCUUUUGAUAAAAAUUGAGGAUUUCUUGGUGGUUUUUUUUCUUUGAGAAGUUUGGAAAUUGAAAAUGGCCUUUUUUUCUUGUUCAUUGGCUGUACAUUUUAGUCCAGUAGUUAGUUCAGAUCUGCUCAAGCCUCAAUUUACAUGGAGCAAAAAUCUGCAAAAUUUAACUAAACUGAAGGUUAAUCAGGUGAAGAGAAAGCCUUGUAAAGUUAGGGCAUCAUUGACAGAAAGUGGAGAGUAUUACUCAGAAAGACCGCCUACUCCCCUUUUGGACACCAUUAACUAUCCCAUUCAUAUGAAAAACUUAUCUGUUAAGGAGCUUAAACAAUUAGCAGAUGAGUUGCGGUCUGAUGUGAUCUUCAAUGUGUCUAAAACUGGUGGUCACCUUGGUUCCAGCCUUGGGGUUGUGGAGCUCACUGUAGCUCUUCAUUAUGUCUUCAAUGCACCUCAAGAUAAGAUAUUGUGGGAUGUUGGUCAUCAGUCUUACCCACACAAGAUCUUGACUGGAAGAAGAGAUAGGAUGAGAACACUGAGACAGACGAAUGGCUUGUCAGGGUUUACAAAGCGUGAGGAGAGUGAAUUUGAUGCCUUUGGUGCAGGUCAUAGUUCAAACAGUAUCUCUGCUGGAUUGGGUAUGGCCGUAGGAAGGGAUCUAAAGGGUAGACAGAACAAUGUAGUUUCAAUCAUAGGUGAUGGUGCUAUGACUGCUGGCCAAGCCUUCGAGGCAAUGAAUAAUGCGGGAUACUUGGAUUCUGAUAUGAUUGUCAUUCUCAAUGACAACAAGCAGGUCUCUUUACCCACUGCCAGUUUGGACGGGCCUAUUCCUCCAGUUGGAGCUCUUAGCAGUGCUUUGAGUAGAUUGCAAUCAAACAAGCCUCUUCGAGAAUUAAGAGAAGUUGCCAAGGGAGUAACCAAACAAAUAGGAGGGCCCAUGUAUCAGCUAGCUGCCAAAGUUGAUGAGUAUGCUCGAGGCAUGAUCAGUGGUACAGGAUCAUCUUUGUUUGAAGAGUUGGGACUCUACUACAUUGGACCUGUUGAUGGUCAUAAUGUAGAUGAUCUUGUAGCUAUACUUAAUGAGGUUAAGAAUACAAAAACCACAGGUCCAGUGCUUAUCCAUGUUGUGACAGAAAAAGGAAGAGGAUACCCCUAUGCAGAGAAAGCUGCAGACAAAUACCACGGGGUGACGAAAUUUGAUCCAGCCACUGGCAAGCAGUUCAAAGGCCAAUCAAGUACACAGUCUUAUACAAGUUACUUUGCGGAGGCUUUAGUUGCAGAGGCAGAGGUAGACAAAGAUAUAGUAGCUAUUCAUGCAGCCAUGGGUGGUGGAACAGGCUUAAAUCUCUUUCUACGACGGUUUCCAUCACGGUGCUUUGAUGUUGGAAUAGCUGAACAACAUGCUGUAACUUUUGCUGCUGGAUUGGCUUGUGAAGGUCUGAAACCAUUUUGUACAAUAUACUCAUCUUUCAUGCAAAGGGCAUAUGAUCAGGUAGUUCAUGAUGUGGACUUACAAAAGAUACCAGUGAGGUUUGCUAUGGACAGAGCAGGGCUUGUAGGAUCUGAUGGGCCUACACAUUGUGGUGCCUUUGAUGUAACAUUUAUGGCAUGCCUCCCCAAUAUGAUAGUAAUGGCACCUUCAGACGAGACAGAAUUAUUCCACAUGGUUGCCACUGCUGCUGCUAUUGAUGAUAGACCAUCUUGCUUCCGUUACCCCAGAGGAAAUGGAAUUGGUACAGAGUUGCCACCUGGGAACAAAGGCACUCCACUUGAGAUAGGAAAAGGCAGGAUUUUGAAGGAAGGAGAGAGAGUGGCACUCCUAGGGUAUGGAACAGCAGUCCAGUACUGUGUGGCUGCAGCAGCUUUAGUUGAAUCUCGUGGUUUGCGUUUGACAGUAGCAGAUGCCCGGUUUUGCAAACCAUUAGACCAUGUACUGAUUAGAAAUCUAGCAAAGUCUCAUGAAAUUCUAAUUACCGUUGAGGAAGGAUCCAUUGGAGGUUUUGGAUCUCAUGUUGCACAAUUUAUGGCGCUUGAUGGCAUCCUCGAUGGCAACCUAAAGUGGCGGCCUUUGGUUCUUCCAGAUCGAUACAUUGAACAUGGUGCACCAGGAGACCAGUUAGCUGAAGCUGGACUUACACCAUCACAUAUUGCUGCAACAGUAUUCAAUAUCCUUGGCAAAACAAGAGAAGCUCUUGAAGUCAUGACAUAGAUAGAAUACAACAUUUUAAUGAUUUCUCGCCUAUUGUGAUUGUUUAUCAUCACUGUUAGUGUUAGAUUGGUACAUAAGUAGGCAUGUUUUUAUAUAGAGCAUAAAACCACAGAUAAUGUAACAUGGUAGCUAGAUCACCAAGGCUUCGGAAUGUUAUAGAUGUUCUCAAAUCCAUACAAGGAAGAUAUGGUAUUUUGUUUCUUUGUCAAGAUAAAGCCAUAACUACCAGAGAUGUACAUAGUUUUUUGAAGUACCAUUUGCAUUUGGGCAAAACAAUAUCCAUCCUAAGGUAAUUUAAUUAUCGAUUAGGUUUAUCUAAUUAUGUUAUUUUUGUUA